AUCUAGUAAAUCUUGUGAAUUCAUGCAUGUUUUUCUAACCUGAAAAUGGCAGUCGCAAACGUGGAAUGUGGUGAUUUUUUAGAAUUUCAGGAUACAUUAAAAAAAAUGCGACUUAUAGAUGACAAAAUAAUUUAUAUGCUGAAUACUACAAUUCCUACUGAAUCCUUCAAAGGUCAGGUGGAUACUAAUGUGCAAUGUAAAGACUUGUUUCAUCAAAUAGAAUCUGAACAUACGCAGAGAAGACAAGCAAUCACAAAAUGUUUAAACGUCACUAAGGAAAAAGUGAUGCAAUUAAAGACAUUGAGAGAUAAUGGUGAUGAGAAUCCAACAUUAAUAAAAAAUUUAAGAAAAGAGCAGACUACAUUGAGACUAUUGCAAUCUGAACUCAAUAUCGAAGAAGUUGUAAGAAAACGUACAAUACAAGUCUAUUAUGAAAGAUGCCGUGGAUUUUACAAACCACACAUAAAUACAUAGAACUUCCAAAUAGUCCAGGAAGUGAAGAAUAUUGGUGUAUGGUUAUCUGAUUGCAAUUGAAUUGUUACAAUACAGUUAUAUAUAGUAAUUUUGUAAACAUUAGUGAUGAUAAUGACUUCUUUUUUCUAAAUCAUUGUUAAUUUGUAUAUAGGUAUAUACAAUAUACAAUUAAAAACAUUUAUUAUACUUGUACACUAUUUACAAACAUAAAUGAAACAUAUUAAAGAAUGUACGAAAGAUAUAUUUUGCAAGAAUUAGUUUCGCUACCAAUCUAAGGUGAAUCAGGUAUUUGUAAUAUACAAUAUACAUAAA